UUCCCCUUCUAUUUCCAAACUGAAAAUUUAAUGCCAAAAAAGAAAUUUCACACCCUAGGUAUCUCAUGCCCUAAAAAUAAUCCUCAUAUGACCGAGCGUUGCAUUCUAGGGUUUCUAGGGUAUAUAGGGUUUUGUUUAAAACUUUCCUUCGACACCGGAAGGAAGCUGAAUCAUUAGACAAGAAGAGGCGGAGCUGCUGCAGGCACUUCUGGUUCUCAGAUCGAGAGGUUUUCAGCUAGUCACAAUGCCGAAGCAAAUAAAUGAAAUCAAGGAUUUUCUUCUCACUGCACGUCGCAAGGAUGCAAGGUCCGUAAAGAUUAAAAGGAGCAAGGAUGUUGUCAAGUUUAAGGUCAGAUGUUCAAAAUACCUGUAUACUCUCUGUGUUUUUGACUCAGAGAAGGCUGACAAGCUCAAGCAAUCCCUUCCACCAGGUUUGACUGUUCAUGACUUGUAAUUUACCAUGGAAGUGCAAGUUUAAACAAGGCCUAUAAUAUCUUAUAUGCUACUUCGUUUUAAGGUCUUAAUAUUUUUGUGCAAGGAUUUUUUUUGACUUAUUGCAAGUUAAAUCACCUAUAUCUGUGUGAUAGCUUCACAGUAGUUCUAGAACAGACAUUCACUCAAGUAUUCAUCUUGAACAUGUUUGCACAUUUUUAGCUCUGUGAGGUUUCACGGGGCAAAAUUUUGUGUUCUGGAUUUAUCAGUAGUCCCAUUUGUAGUUCUAAAUGUGUUAUGAGAAUGACAUUAGAUUUUGAUAA